CGAGUUUAUUCUGAGGGCAGGGUCGGAAGUGCUCACACCUGGAGUCAGGCGGGGCGAGAGGAAGGUGGAAGAGCGGUGACUUAGGAUCCCCGCCCCGAGCACAGCCAGGCCCUGAACCGGCCCAGUCCCUCCACAGCCUGAUUUCCUCCCGGCGCGCGGCCUCGCCCUCGCUGAGCGCCAAAUCCCUUGGGUUGGCUCCGCCCCGCCACUAGUGGGAGGCGGGGCCCGGCUCCUCCAGUCUGCGCUGGGUAGGCCUCUGCGUCAGCCGGAGCCUGACGCGGUGACGCAGGACGUCGACGUAAGUGACGCGCAGGCCCGGGCCGCUCCUCCUUCCCUGAAGCAACCCGACGGCCAUGGAGGCCGAAGAGACGAUGGAAUGCCUUCAGGAGUUCCCCGAACAUCAUAAAAUGAUCCUGGACCGAUUGAAUGAACAGAGAGAGCAGGACCGGUUUACUGACAUCACUCUUAUUGUCGACGGACACCAUUUUAAGGCCCACAAGGCUGUUUUGGCUGCUUGCAGUAAGUUCUUCUACAAAUUCUUUCAGGAGUUUACUCAGGAACCUUUGGUGGAGAUAGAAGGUGUCAGUAAAAUGGCCUUUCGUCAUUUAAUUGAGUUCACAUAUACAGCAAAAUUAAUGAUACAAGGAGAAGAAGAAGCUAAUGAUGUAUGGAAAGCAGCAGAGUUUCUACAGAUGCUAGAAGCUAUCAAAGCCCUUGAAGUCAGGAACAAAGAAAACUCAGCUCCACUAGAGGAAACUACUACAGGAAAAAGUGAGGCAAAAAAAAGAAAGAUUGCAGAAACUUCAAAUGUUAUCACCGAGUCGUUGCCAUCUGCAGAAUCAGAACCUGUUGAAAUUGAGGUGGAGAUUGCUGAAGGCACAAUUGAAGUGGAAGAUGAAGGCAUCGAUACAUUAGAGGAAGUGGCUUCUGCCAAGCAGUCCAUAAAGUACAUUCAGAGCACAGGUUCCUCUGAUGAUUCUGCUCUGGCACUGUUGGCGGACAUUACCAGCAAGUACCGUCAAGGUGAUAGAAAAGGGCAGAUUAAAGACGAAGAUGGCUGUGCAUCUGACCCCACAAGCAAACAGGUAGAAGGUAUUGAAAUUGUGGAACUUCAGCUGUCACAUGUGAAGGACUUGUUCCAUUGUGAGAAAUGUAACCGUUCAUUUAAAUUGUUUUACCAUUUUAAGGAACACAUGAAAUCACACUCCACUGAGAGUUUCAAGUGUGAAAUAUGCAAUAAAAGGUAUCUUCGGGAGAGCGCAUGGAAACAGCACCUCAAUUGUUACCACCUUGAAGAAGGUGGAGUCAGUAAGAAGCAAAGAACUGGGAAAAAAAUUCACAUAUGUCAGUACUGUGAGAAACAAUUUGACCACUUUGGACAUUUUAAAGAACAUCUUCGAAAACAUACAGGUGAAAAACCUUUUGAAUGUCCAAAUUGUCAUGAACGAUUUGCUAGAAAUAGCACCCUCAAAUGUCACCUGACUGCGUGCCAAACUGGAGUGGGGGCAAAAAAGGGAAGAAAGAAGCUUUAUGAAUGUCAGGUCUGUAACAGUGUGUUUAACAGCUGGGACCAGUUCAAAGAUCACUUGGUAAUACACACUGGAGAUAAACCCAACCAUUGUACUUUGUGUGACUUGUGGUUUAUGCAAGGAAAUGAAUUAAGGAGGCAUCUCAGCGAUACUCAUAAUAUUUCAGAGCGUCUAGUAACUGAAGAAGUUCUUUCAGUAGAAACACGUGUGCAAACUGAACCUGUGACAUCAAUGACUAUUAUAGAACAAGUUGGGAAGGUGCAUGUGUUACCAUUGCUUCAGGUUCAGGUGGAUUCAGCACAAGUGACUGUGGAACAGGUCCAUCCAGAUCUGCUCCAGGACAGCCAAGUACACGAUUCACAUAUGAGUGAGCUUCCAGAGCAGGUCCAGGUGAGUUAUCUAGAAGUGGGUCGAAUUCAGACUGAAGAAGGUACCGAAGUACAUGUAGAGGAACUGCAUGUUGAACGGGUAAAUCAGAUGCCAGUGGAAGUACAAACUGAGCUUCUAGAAGCAGACUUGGAUCAAGUGUCCCCUGAAAUCAUGAACCAGGAAGAGAGAGAGCCUAGCCAAGUAGAUGCUGCUGAGGCUGCCAGAGAAGAUCACGAAGAUGCUGAGGGUUUAGAGACCAAACCAACAAUGGAUUCCCAAGCUGAAAGGUCAGGGAACGAGAACAGAACACCUAUGCCGGUUCUAGAAUGAAAUAACAAAUGAAUAUAUUUUUAAAUUUAUGUUUUGGGUUUUUGAACUCAUGAUGGGCAGUGUGACUGUCCUUAAGCUAACAGACAAGUGGACCAAAGUUAAACUUCUUCUUGUUGUGCUGAACUGUUUCUGUUGAAACAAACCGAUUUCCCCCACUUAAUGCCACAGAGGAGGGAUCUUUCCCGUAAGUGAAUGGGAAAUUUUGAGAAUUUUAUUUCUGGAAACUUAAAUGGAUUAUAUUCUUCUUAUGUAGUUGGGUACGAAUGUAUCUAUUUUCAUUGUGGUAAGGGUUCUCCCUUCUCUCUUUCCUAGGUCAUGUCCUUCCUCAAAUUUUUUAUGUAUUGUAAAAUCAAACAAAUUCAUUAGAAUACAAGGUUAUGUAUUCUAAUGCAUGUUAGAAAAUUGAUAUAGGAAACACAAGGCUGCAUGAAGAAAAGUGCAUUGUUACUGUGCAGUUAAAUUUUGGUUUCUGGCUUUCUUUAGUUUGAACAACGUUGUUGUCUAUCCCAAUAGUCACAGAUGUCAUCUAUACAACAGAAACAGAGUGGUGGUGGCAAAAUUUCUAGAAUGUAAAAAAAAAAAAAUCCACACCCACGUGCCUUUUGAAAACCAACUAAACUUCUAUAAAGCAUCUCUGGUUCUUUAAAAGUUUGUGUUGUAAGGAGCAAUGUAGGUGAUGCUAUAGUACUUUAUAUUUUUGCUUAGUAAUGACAACUACCAAUUCUUUUUCACUUAAGUUGACAAAUUUCAUUUAAUGGCAGCUGAAGGGCCAUUUUCAAUUGGGAAAAUUCAUUUGUAUCUGUGGUAAAGUUUAUUUUGAUGAAAAGUUGCACUAGUAUUUUACCAUCAGAUGAAAAUAAGAUGAGCAUCAGUUAAAAAUUAAUGUAUUUAAAGUAAAGUACAGAGAAAAACAUGUAUAUAAUAUAUCAGGCUUUGUUUUGAAUGAAUCUUUUUCCCCGAUCCUUAAUGUAAAGAUCCUGUGCUAUAACUUUUAAAGCCAUACAAAUAAGAGUGCUAAACUGUGGACUUAAAAGUAGAUGUGUACAUAUUUUUAAUCAGUAUUACUUGGAAAAUAAAAUAUAACAACCACAUAAAAUAAACCAAUAUGCUAUAUUCUUUACCUGUUAAAUAUUGGGAGAUAUUUGCAUUUUUAAAGUAAACUUUAAAAUUAUGGUG